UACAAAUCGUUAAUCUUAAAGCAUAGAUUUUUAGGGUUUCGAAUUUUUAAAAAGUGUAAGCGCGGCGGCGGCGGAGCCAUGGUUCUCAAGACUGAGCUUUGCCGAUUCAGUGGUCAUAAGAUUUACCCAGGCAGGGGGAUCAGAUUCAUCAGAUCCGACUCUCAGGUGUUUUUAUUCAUUAACUCGAAAUGUAAGCAUUACUUUCACAAUAAGUUGAAACCGUCCAAGCUUGCAUGGACCGCCAUGUACCGUAAACAGCACAAAAAGGAUGCUGCUCAAGAGGCUGUGAAAAAGAGGAGACGUGCAACCAAGAAACCAUACUCUAGGUCUAUCGUUGGCGCUACUUUGGAGGUCAUUCAAAAGAAGCGAGCAGAGAAGCCUGAAGUUCGUGAUGCAGCCAGAGAAGCUGCCCUACGUGACAUUAAGGAGAGAAUCAAGAAGACUAAGGACGAGAAGAAGGCAAAGAAGGCUGAGUUUGCUUCCAAGCAACAGAAGUCUCAAGUGAAGGGUAAUAUUCCCAAGAGUGCUGUACCCAAGGCUGCUAAGUUGGGUGGUGGUGGUGGCAGACGCUGACUUGUGUUAUAGUACUCAUCUCUCUCUGCAAAGACCGUUUUGCACCUAUCUAAUAUGCUUUUGACUCCUCAGAGGUUUCUGUAUGCCGAUAAAAUUUGGGAACUUGGCUGUAGUACAUUGUUUAUCAGUUUUGCUAGUUGUAUGCGAUCAGUUCAUGGCUUGUCUAUGGUUUUAAUGUUCUCCAGUAACAACAAUCUAUUGUGAAUGAAUCGAGAGUAUCCAUUUUCAUUGAAACCAA